CACACAGACUGACAAAGUCCUGAUCGAGACCUGUCCACUUAUAGAAUAUCACAGUUUAGAUAUUAAAUCACAAAGUGGCGAGACUUCUGAGGAAACUCUUGCUGAGAACACAAGAUGACUGUGAGGAGACUCUGACAGGAGAGAUGUCUUAUCAUAACAAGGACUUCACGGACCAUAUUCCAUAUGUCCCUCCCCUGGCUCUCCACGGCUUCUCCAUGGAGAACAGCGGCGCGCACUACAAGGAUGCGCUCAGACUCGGGCUGCCCUUCCACCUGGACGCUGCAUACCUCGACCCCGUGCACGGCCAGAGGUUACCCUACAGACAGUUAUCCUACUUCCCCUUCCACGUCCCACUCGGUGUGUGUGAUUAUUCCUUUGAGCCUGCGUUCAUCCGGAAAAGGAACGAAAGGGAGCGGCAUCGAGUGCGCUGCGUAAACGAGGGUUACGCGCGGCUCAGGGAGCAUCUGCCGCACGAGUUUGAGGACAAACGGCUCAGCAAGGUGGAGACCCUGCGGGCGGCUAUAGACUAUAUCAAACACCUGCAGAGCAUGCUGGACUUAAACAUGUCCGGGAUGGAGAUGUCGCCUGGAGACGCGCGUAACCGUGCGCCGCUGCCGCAGAGGAGAGACAGUGAUGGAGAAUCCAAAACUGGCCUCAGCGACAGUGGGGAAACAGUCUACUAGAUCUCACUCUCUCUUUGUGAUCUGCUGUACAUUUAUCAAAUUGUAAAGGAAGUAAAAGAUGCGUGAUGGACACUAUUUCCACUGUCUGGUUUAAUUUAUCAGUCUGUACAUCCAGCAUAAACACCGCCUGUUUACA